AUGCAGGACAGCAGCAUGGCACAGCUUUGCUUGUUUUUAUGUAUAUGUGUGAUUGUAUGGCUCCACACUUCCCUCGGGCUGCCACCCCAGCACCGUGGGUGGCUGCGGCUGUUGGAGGAGGGUGAGGGCUGCAGGGAGUGCACCCAGUACCUCUGCCCCCCGGUGCCUGACAACUGCCCUGCUGGCAGGGUGCAAGACGACUGUGGAUGCUGUGAGCAGUGUGCUAACGUAGAGGGGCAGCAGUGUGACCCAGAUGGGGCUCAGAAGUUCUAUGGCCGCUGUGGAGAGGGCCUGGUCUGCCAGAGGAAAAUACCAAAAAGGGAACACAGGGCUGAACCAGAGCCUACAUGUGUGUGCCAGGAUAAGGGAUUCGUGUGUGGUUCAGAUGGGUGGACCUACCCAAAUGUUUGCCAGAUGAGAGAGGCUGCCAACCGCCGAAACACAAGCUUGAAGCUCACUGGGAGAGGACCCUGCUACUCUGCGCCACGUAUCCUUCAAGGCCCCAGAAACCUGUCAAACUACACAGGGAAUGACGUUGUGUUUGGCUGCGAGGUCUCAGCCUACCCUCUUCCGAACCUGAACUGGAAGAAGACAGGGAGUGACAACUUCCUGCCAGGGGAUGAUCCUCACAUCUCUGUCCAGGCUCGGGGAGGCCCCCAGCGCUACACCGUCUCUACAUGGCUGCAGAUAGAGGGCAUCCACAUCUCUGAUGCAGGGGUCUACUCGUGCAUCUCCCACAAUGCUUUGGGAGAAACAUCUGCUUCAGCACAGCUCACAGUGUUGAGACAAGUGGGGAAGGUGAUGAAGGGCCAUGUGGAGGAGGAGGAGGAAUACUUUGAUCAUUUGGAGGAAGGCAGUGGUGAUGGACAGCUGGCGUCUGGAGAUUACCUGGCAUUAAUUUAAAUCAGUUUAUAAAAGCAGACUACAAGGAAUCCUCAGGGGAAAAAAAAGCCUUGGAGUAACACAACAGAUCAGCUAACAUUUUUUUUAUUUAAAAGCAUGAUGUUUGAAAUUCAGAGCUCACUACUCAGUUGUAAGAUGAAUAACUAAUUAAGCAUCACACUGUUUAUAUUUACUUCUUAAUGGUAUCGUGGCACACAAAUAAAUCAUUCCAGUUAUCUGCUGUGUAGUGUUUUUUUGUGUGAUCACAAUUAACUGAAUCAUUUAAUAAUUACAUGCCUUUAAAGCUGUCACAAAGUCUAAAAAAUGUGUAUGUGGAUGCCAUAUCCCAAAAUCGCAAUAACAAGAUGGUUAUGAGACCUUCCUGAUACCAAUUACAAUCACUAACAUGGACAUAAGUCACCCCUAAAAUCCACUCUACCCAGGGUACACAGGGUACAGUGUAUUCAUUCACUGAGAAAAAAAAGGUGAUGGCUGGAGCGAGAGAGGGCGUGACCAUCCGCAGGGUCUCCAUCUGAUUCUCUUCAUCUCUCUCCACCUGAGUGCCAGUUAAUCCUCCCCUCAUCCCCCGACUCCCAGCUGGAUACACCAUCUCCUUCUGAAUGGCAAGCUGUAUUAACGCAGACGAACUUUCCCCUGCUGUCUGUUAGUAAAAGCUGAUUGGAGAUUACAGGCCUGUGGUGAAAACACAGUCCUCCAUCUCAUCUCAAAUCACUUUCCACCCCUUUCUCUCCUUUAUCUCUCCUUCUUCUCUUCAUUUCUUUAUCUUCUUAAUCCUAACUCUUCUCCUUUUCAAUGUCAUCAACUUUCAGUUGCCACUACAUUUCUGCCCCUAUUCAUUCCUCUGUUUGACAGCUGAAUGACAAGAAAGAUGAAGAGGAGGAAGGAGAAGGGGGGGAGCUUCCCCUCCUGAGUGGAGCCAGAAUGAUGUCAUGGGGGCAUUUGUCCUCCUGGUGUGGAGGCUUCCCUUCCUCUGCUAAUUACCUUGUACAAACUCGAAUCUGAUAUGGCGGAUAUGAGUCCCAAAUACAAUUAUUGUGGGCUAACAAAGAGAUAUUGAGAUUCAGGGAAUGAGGGAGAGACUGCAAGUGAGAUAGAAGGGAAGGCACGCGUGCUGCCAUGCAUGCACAUACACAUACAGCAACCACAUGCACGCACACACGCUCGCAUACCCACCCACACACACAAACACAACCACUUGUCCUUCCCCUCCAUUCCCUCAGAUAGGCUAAUGUUAUUACUGGGGUAAUUAUCCUCAUUAGUGCCAGCAGCUGUAGAGAGCCCAUUGCUUGCUGUUCAAACUCCACCCCAAACCUUUCUGUCUUCACAUCCCUUUUGUAUUCCCUAGAUCUCAUUUAGAGACUUUGUCUCCAUCCUUUGCAUGCUAGAUGGAGGCAAUUGUAAAAAUGGAGACCAUCAAAUAUCUAAUAAGGCAGAGUUACCCCUGUUUUCUGACCUGUUAGAGUCCAAUUUUAGAUGUGUAAUGUUGUACUGCACUGCUGUUAUUCAGCAGCGUCAGAGGGCUGACUAGUGUGCAAACUUAGGAAAAUAGUUAUAACUAAAUAAUUUAAGUACACAAUACUCAGAAACAGUUUAUAAUCCGCUGUCAUGCGACAGGAACACAAACUUUUUCAUUGUGUCAUUUUCAAGCACAACAUUUGUUUUCCAUCUGUCAUUUGCACUUUCCAGGUUCUCUGAGGUGAACAAGUAAACACAAGAUGGCAGUGUUUAGUCAAAUAACUUCUUCGUACGCCACUUCACUGGCUGUGCUUUUACAGCUAGAUGAUCUUCUCCUCUCUCAUCUGUUGAAUUUUUCACUUUUUACAUCCCUCUAAAAAACAAGCCAUUCUUCACCAAAGAAAAUUAGCUGUCACCAUCCUUCCACCUUGGAUGCAGUGACACUUUUCACACUAUUAAAAAUUGGAGAUUAAUAGUAUUUGCAUAACUAAAGGUACUGGCUGUCUGCUUGCUUGAUGUUUAUGUGAAAGCACCCUGAGAAUGAUUCCCUUCAUGGUUUUUAUAUUUAGGCCCUGUCUGCAUCUUUACACACAUAUUAUGAGAUC